AUGGAGACACAAGAUGGAGGUGAUGUCAAAGGAGAAGUUUCUCCUCGUGACAUAGUUUACACACAGGCUGCUGGAGGUGAAGAAGACCCAAACAUCUUUCACAUGCUUGAUCUUCUCUUUGAGGCUAUGAAGGAGAACCCGAUACUUCUGGAAAUUGUGAACAGACAGUAUGGUACAAGGGAAAGUAAGGAAGUUACAUUGGAAAGGAGAGUUCAGUUUGAUUUACUUCAGGUCAUGUUAUUGAACAAGCUAUGCAAAGAGAUUAUAAAUUGA